AUGACGCGAACUGCCAGGAUAACCCGGUGGUUGCUCCGCAUUUUUGCCCUCCACGCUAAAGUUUUCGGAGUAGUCAUAUAUCGAAUAGAAAGAAAGGAGUCCCAGCUGGUGGCCAGGAAUCGUAGGAACUACCGGUGGAUCUCCAUAGUGCUCAGAUUGAUCAUUAGUGGAUUUUAUGGCUAUAGUUUCAGUAGCUGGGCAGCUCGGCUUAAGGACUGGCUACUCAUCCUCUUCUUCACUCUUCGAAUGACUGGGUGUCUGAUCUCCUCGGCUGUUUUGCUAGUUCUUCAAAUAUGGUUCAACCAGGAGUUGCUCAACUUGGUCAACAGAUUUCUAGAGCUCUUUGGAAGAGUCAAGACAUUAGGACGUGCUAAGGAACAUGGUUUCGGAGGAUCUCAUGAGCUCGUCCUGAUGUCCGUAAAGCUGGUUUCUGUGCUCUAUGUGAUCUUUACAUAUGAUUGGUCUUUUUUCUCGCCCAAGCUCAUGCUGACCAUUUUCUGCGAUUUGUACACCUCCACGGGUGCCGGCAUAGUAAUGCACCUGUGCUUUGUGGGUUACCUUAGCCUGGCACUACUGUACCAGGACCUCAACAACUAUGUAGACUGCCACUUGAGAGCCCAACUGGGUUCCCUAAGGGACGAGGAUGUGGCUGAAAACGAGCAGCCCUCCAGGGAGGCCAUUUCCAAUUUGGACGAGUGCUUGGCCCUUUACGAGGACAUACACCAGGUCGACAAGAAGUUUCAGAGGUUCUUCAAUCUGCCCCUAUUCAUCAACUUGGCCCAAAGCCUCCUGGCCAUGGCCAUGGUGUCUGCCCAUGCCAUCCUGCGGCGGCAGUACAUCGUCAAUCUAUGGGGCCUGGUACUCAAGCUACUGGUUGAUGUCUUACUACUAACUCUAGCGGUUUACAGGGCCCAGAGGAACUCCCGUAUGAUAAGGAGACUCAGCCUGGAAAACUUUUUCGUUACGGAAAGCAAAAGUCACCACAUGAAGAUGGAUCUGUUUCUGGGUCGAUUGCUCCAUCAGGAGGUUCGAGUUUAUCCACUGGGCCUCUUUGAGGUCUCCAACGAGCUAACCUUGUUCUUUCUAUCGGCCAUGAUCACCUUUGUGACCUUCCUGGUCCAAACACAGUGGCAGAAAGUUUAA